CUUUAUAGAAUUGCGCAACCAUAUGGCUGCCUAGUGUACAACGUCUUGUUGCUAAGCUGUGUGUUGACACUUCAGAGUGCGGAUAAUAUGCAAAGAUAAACAUCACAGAGGAUAUAGUUAAGAAACCCUGCGGUAAGAUAAUGGAAGUGUGGCGUCUUGCGCGGGUUUUGUCGUGUUAUAGUUCGGCGUGUGGAAGAGUUUUAGUCUCUGGAUCCCGGACUCGGUCCAGUGGUGUGACUGUGCUCCAGGGCAACAUAACUCACUGUGACUUUUCAACAGGACCCCCAGUCACAGAGAGCACUGCGUUAGUGUACAAGAGUCACGGAGAUCCAUCACAAGUGGUUCAGUUGGAGACUCUCAGACUUCCUGCCCUAGAAGCUAAAAGUGCCCUUGUGAAAAUGCUUGCAGCUCCCAUCAACCCCUCGGAUAUAAACAUGAUCCAAGGAACCUAUGCUAUCCUGCCUGAUCUUCCAGCUGUAGGUGGCAAUGAAGGAGUGGGUCAGGUCUUGGAAGUGGGCAGCCAAGUCCAAACGGUUAAAGUGGGUGACUGGGUCAUUCCUAGAGAUGCUGGUCUUGGCACAUGGCGAACUGCUGCCGUUUUUGGAGAGAAUGAUUUGGUGAGAGUGCCCAGUGAUAUCUCUCUCCUUUCAGCAGCCACUCUAGGAGUCAACCCUUGCACUGCAUUCCGAAUGCUCUCUGAUUUUGAGAGUCUCAUGCCUGGAGACACAGUCAUCCAGAAUGCAGCUAACAGUGGAGUUGGACAGGCUGUGAUCCAGAUAGCUGCAGUAAAGGGUGUCCAUACAAUCAAUGUAGUCAGAGACAGACCAGACCUUCAACAGCUGACUGACAGACUAAAAGCGAUGGGAGCCACACAUGUGAUUAAAGAGGAGACAUUAAGAAAGCCUGAAAUGAAGGACAUCUUUAAGGUUUGUCCUCGACCUAAACUAGCCCUUAACGGUGUGGGAGGAAAAAGUGCCACAGAGCUUCUUCGGCAUUUGCAGACUGGGGGCACGAUGGUGACAUAUGGAGGGAUGGCCAAGCAGCCAGUUACUGUGCCUGUGAGUGCUCUCAUAUUCAAGGACGUAAAAGUACGAGGGUUUUGGGUCACGCAGUGGAAAAGAGACAAUAAGCAUGAUGUGUUGCGUGUCAUGUUGGAAGAGCUAUGUAUUCUGAUCCGUGCUGGGAAGCUAUCCGCCCCGUCCUGCACUGAAGUGGACAUGAAGGACUUCCACAAAGCUCUGGACAAUGCCAUGAAGCCAUACAUGUCUUCAAAACAAAUUCUGGUCAUGUGAUCCCACACACAUUCAGGUUUUAACAAUAGUAAUAAUUACAUUGUCAGUGUACAAAUUGUGCUUUUAACAUUAAAAUAUAACAAACGCUAUCCACUUAUGUACUCAACAAAUGUUUCAUAUUAGUUGAAGCCUCAAAUCCUGCAAAACUGCAUAAGCAGUUUUGAUAGCAAGAUUACACAAUGCAGAGCAUAUAGAUUUAUCUACAUUUAUAAAAUUGUAUUUUAAUCUUGAGCUCUCAUAACUGGUGUAUCUGUAUUACAUAUUGUGCAGGGCUAAACAAGAGAAGGAAACUGUCUGUUAAUAAACAAAACGAAAAACCCAUUACCCUACUUCCUUUUUGCCUCUUCCUCUCCAACCAUUUCUGAAAAAGUUGAGACGCUGUGUAAAAUAUAAAUAAAACCAGAAUGUGUUGAUUUCGCAAA